AGGUAAAAUAUGAACUGGAAAUUUCUUAUUUGCUGCCUGCUCGGCCACUCUUUCGUUAUAGCGAUCGAGGCCAACUGUCUGCGGGGCACGGGCCACAUGUGGCAGCUGAAGCCUCCCACCGGUACGACCAGCUGCAAUAGACCGUCAUUACUGGCCAGAAAUGCAACGGCAGUGGGAAAUCCAGCAGCAAGGUCUGCAGUCGACAUUGCAGCAGCUUCAAUGGGAACAGUAGAUCCGGGGUUCGGAGGAACCCCUGCGGCCCCUCCUGUGGUGGUUCUGGCCAACUACGUCUACGAGUGCGCCAGUCGCCGGACAUCGAGCAGUUGCAGCAAGCAGCCGGAGCCGGAAUCGAAGCCGGAAUCCGAAUCCGGACCGGAGCCGGAGGUUCCUAAGCCCCGCACUGUGACACUGGCAGCCGGCGAACUGGCAGGAUUCGGGUCAACUGGGUGAGCUGGGUUUUGCAUGGGAUUAAUGCAGCCGAUGCGAGGGGUUUUGUAAACCCACCACAUAUACAUUUGCAUAUA